AUGCAAAAAGCCUCAAGAACCGUUCUUGUCAAGUCUUCCCAUCUUCUCGAGAAGACUUCUUCUCUCAUUGCCAGCACUCGUUCAUCAGCUCAUCAAUUCAGUAAAAGAUUUUAUGCAACUUCAUGUAUCAGCUCUCCCAACAAGCCUUGCUAUCCCGGAGCAGUAAAUGCUACCUUCACUCAUCAAUUGGAAUUCAGAUCAAGUAUUAAUCCUGAUGGUACUCCAUUUCCAAUUUUCAAUAUCAUGUCGAAUGAUGGCGAGAUUGUGAAUGAAGAGGCAUUUAAAGAAAUUGAUUACACACCAGAACAAGUGGUAGACCUCUACAAGACCAUGAUCCGUCUCGAAACUAUGGAUGAUAUCCUCUACAAUGCUCAACGUCAAGGUCGUGUCAGUUUCUAUAUGACCAAUUAUGGUGAAGAAGCUCUUCAGGUUGGCUCAGCCAGUGCUCUUUCUCCUGAAGAUAUGAUUUUUGCUCAAUAUCGUGAAGCUGGUGUUUUAAUGUAUCGUGGAUUUACUUUAAAUGAAUUCCUCAAUCAAUGUUUUUCAACAAUUGAAGAUUAUGGAAAAGGAAGACAAAUGCCAGUUCACUAUGGAUCUAAAAAAUUGAAUUUCCAAACAAUUUCAUCUCCUUUGGGAACUCAAAUUCCACAAGCUGCAGGUGCUGGUUAUGUUUACAGAAUUCAAAAUAGUCCACACGUUUGUGCCUGCUAUUUUGGAGAAGGUGCUGCAAGUGAAGGUGAUUUCCAUGCUGCUCUCAAUUUUGCAUCAACUCUUUCAUGCCAAACUUUAUUUAUUUGUAGAAACAAUGGUUUUGCAAUUUCUACUCCAACACGUGAUCAAUAUCAUGGAGAUGGUAUUGUGGCAAGAGGUAUUGGUUAUGGUAUGCCAUCCAUUCGUGUCGAUGGUAAUGAUUUAUUUGCAGUUUAUUAUGCUACUAAACGUGCUCGUCAAUUGAGCAUUGAAUCAAAGGGUCCAGUUCUUAUUGAAUUUAUGACUUAUCGUGCUGGACAUCACUCUACAUCGGAUGAUGCAUCUCGUUAUAGAUCUAAUGAGGAAUUAAUGUAUUGGAGAAAUGAACAAAAUCCAAUUAUACGUGUUCGUAAAUAUUUGGAGAAGAGACAAUUGUGGAAUGAUGAAUUAGAAAAGACUGAACGUGAUUCCAAUAGAAAGACUGUCUUGUCAUUAUUGGCUAAGGUCGAACAUGCUGAGAAACCACAUUUGGAUGAAUUGGUUAAGGAUGUAUUUGAUUCUGUUCCACCAAUAUUACAACAACAACGAGAAUGGACUGAAAAUGUUGUAAAGAAAUAUCCAGAAGCAUUUGAGGGUCAUUAG